AGCUGAAGGAAAACCUACAGCGUUGCUCUGGUCGAGGCUCUCGUGAGCGCAGCGUCUGUGGAAGCACUGGAAGCAAUCUGAACUACAGAAUCAUCAAGAAGUAAUGGCGCCCUGCGGCCUCUCGUCUCGUUGAGCAUCAGCAGCCACACGCGGGGGGCAGGAAUGAUCUACCUGGCUCACACAGCUCACCGCCAGUUCCUGGGUUUUGUGUUGGGCUUCCUAGCGUGGCUCUUCAUCGUGACGACCACCGGCAUCAACGAGUGGCGGCUCUGGUACGUGGACGACGUGUCCGUCGUCACGUCGGGCGUGGCCUGGGUGGGGAUCUGGAGGGCGUGCUUUUACAGCCACGUCCUCCCAGAGGCCGAGUACUGUCGCAGCAUCGGCGUCUCGGACAGCUUCGCCCCUGCCGAGAUCCCCUCGGCUCAGGUCCUGAUGAUGCUGGCGGUGAUCACCGGCCUGCUGGGGAACGUCAGCGCGGCGGUGGCCGUGAGGUUUGCCUACUUCUCGGUGGAAGACCGCAGGAACAUGAGGCUGAGCUUCGCGAUGGCCGGGGCUCUGUACUCGGUCACGGCGGUGUUGUCCUUGGUGCCUCUGGUGUGGAACAUGACCGCCGUUCUGAACAACAGCACCAUAGACUUUCCUCCGGAGUUCAACCUGCCUGUUGCUCCGGUCCGGCAGAGUGUGGGAGCAGCCAUCGGGAUGGGAAUGCUUGCUUCCAUCCUGAUGCUUAUAAGCGGAGUGAUUUUCUUCUGCUACAGGCAUUCAUCGCAAACCGCGGACCCGCUCAAUGGCCACUGGACGGUACCAACACUGCCGAAGAAGUCUGAGCUGCCCAGCGGUGACCGUCAAGCGAUGGAUAACCCGGGGUUCUACAGUGAAGAAAGAUUGUGAUGGUUCUACAUAUUUUUCCUGCAUUAACAAAAGCGUAUAUUUUGAGAACGUUUCCGAACUACAAAGCAACCAUAUGUUGCUUUGUAGCCCGUAUGUUAAAGAUCAAAACAUUCCUCCGGAAUGGCAGGUACUGCAAAAACUCAACAAAGACGACAGCAGAAAUCACCGUCAUCUCCUGUGCUACAUACUCUGUGUGACAGGAAUCCAAAUCAAUAUAACCAUCAAUAACUAGAUUAUUCAAUGUUUUUGUAGGAGACAAUAUUUUAAAUGUUAUCUCCGUCUAAGUUGACAUGGCCGUCUCGUCUCCAGUGGUCUUUCACAAAUGCCACCUGACCCUGAUUUGUCAAGCUAGUGGCUCCUGAAGACCAGUAACGGUCUGCUGGUGUCUGGAACCAGACUGGUUGGAGAGGAUACUCUGAACCCUGGAAGAACACAGACGAGACCUCUGUGAACCCGAUUCAUCUCUAAAGUACAUCCUGCAUGCAACGUCUGGCAGAAAUAUUUAACCUUUAUAGAUUUUUUUUUACUCUAAAACCACAAACGUCAGUGUAAUGUCUUGCUACUGUAUCUGACAGCAUGAAUGCUUAUUGUUCCAAUAAGUUCUCAGAGGUGUUUUUAGAGAACAAAUCCUGGAAGAUCUAAUAAAUUUGGCAAAAAGACUUUUUGAGAUUGUUGUGGAUCCUCUAGCACUGAACAAAAAUCAGCCACAUUUACAAUGUAAUUGUUCAGAUCGAAGCAUUUUGACAUCUUAAAACAGCCAAAACACCUGCAACACAAUCAAACAAUCAAUUUAAUUAUAGGGUAUUUUUCCUACACAACAGCAACACAAAGGGAUUUCCACAGGGCGAUAUUUGGAGGUUGUAGAAAACAAACAAAAAAACAAACAAAUAACGAGCUCGUCAAGGCUAAGCAUAAAAAAAAAGAUGAUAGUUAACAGAGGUAAGACUGAGGAAACAACCAUGGUAGCUAUGGUGACACGUUUAACAUAGACAUUAAAAUGAUCAAUCUAGAUUCGUAAGUUCAGAUAAAAGUGAUAAAACCAACAUCACAAAUGGCAAUAUAGGAAUAAAACAGUGAGAGUCAAUAGAGAAAGUAGAAAAAGAUUCAAAAAACAAAAUACGUACAUGAAAAUCUACAUCUAAUUCAAAUAACUGAUGUAGCGCUUCUUUCAUUGCAACAGUAAAACAAAAUAUGCUGGCAAAAACAGUUGUGUCUUGUUCAGAAUAUAUUUAUUACAGGUUUUUCUAACACAAUUUAUUCUUUUCCUUCCGCUUCACAAGGCUCCUCAACUUCUGCUGGUCUAUCAUUUUAAAAUAAAAAUACUUUAGAUUAAAGGGGCAGUAUUCUAUAAAAUGGACUUUUUGAGCUUUAACAUCAUGCUAUAAUUUGAUCCCCUCGUCAAAAACAUACCUGAGGCGUCGCCUUGAGAAAUGAUUUAAUUUCCCGUGGCAACCACUCACCUGUGCAAAAACGCCUGGGUGGACCUAGCCCCGCCUUCCAGACCCGGCGGUUGACGAGCCUCUGAUCUUCAACCUCCUCUCCCCUCCCCCACUGAGCUCCUUCAGACUAGCCAGCAGCAAUUAGCUCACUUAUUGACUUCUCACAGGAACGCUGUAAAAACUCUGUUAAAAGGGUUAAAGUUUCAGAAGGAGCAGGAGUUUCUCAAAGAGACAGAGACCCAAUUUCAAUUAAGUCAUAUUUGAUGUAUAGAUAUAGUAAUUUUAAAACUGAAGGCAACAAAGUGAUUGUGCUAUUAAAUGGCACUGUGUGCGUGGGAAAUACAUAAUAACUGAGGAGCUGGAGGAUCAUCCGACCUCUGAUGAUCGCUGCUGGCCUUCAUAAAUAAGGCGUUUCAAUUUAAAAAAAAUAAAUAAAUAAACAACAAUAAAAGAGCCAGAAUAACUGACGUUAAUGUGUAAAUAAAGGAUACACGAGACAUCAUGUGUUGCUCGUUACGGCUGGGCUGAAGAAGGCCUCGGUGGGAUUCUUCUCCUCGGAUGGUCAGAAACUUGAUUUCCGCUCCGUUGUCACGCAGCGCCCUCAGCAGGCGGCCAGCCUUCUGGGCCCGUGACGACAGAUCGGUGUCAUCACAGCUCGGGCCGGUGGAGGGAGGCCGAGGUGUGGGGCUUCUGUCGGGCCUCCAUGUGAGGACGGGUAUCAGCGAGUCAGGUUGACCGGGGGGCCUCGCUCACGUGACCCGCGUAGGACGAGAGCAGGCAUGCGAGUACGCAGAGGGGCCCCGCCUUACUGGGGGGGAUUGUUGCAAGGCAAGGCUUUUUUUCCCCCUCUCUCUCUCUCUCACAAACACACGCAGGUCCAGCCGCUUGCUGCACCUCUCUGGAGGAGGAAAAACAAAAGCUCCUCUUCUUCACUUCACUUCGUUAGAACUCGGCUCCCUUUAAAAAUCACAAAGCGGAUUACAGCUGUGAGGCAUUUACAUUAACAUAAUGGGUCAAGAACAUUCCGGUAGGCAACAUAUUUAAAGAGUUGUUCAUCAAAUCCUGUAGCUCCCUCUCCCUGCGAUCAACACACACACACACACACACACACACACCUGCAGAUAACGCUUGACAAACACACACGGUCCGUCCAGGCCGGGUUAUCUAAUCUGUCUCACUUAGUCGUCAAAUUCAUCGGCUAGAAAUCAUUGCCAGAACACUAAAAAAAAAAAAAACACACACACACACACACACACACAACUCUGAUGACUGGUGCAGAUGUUUCUAGUGUUUGUUUUUUGUUUGUUUUUUUUCCCGUAAGCCAACUGACUGGAUGACAGUUUUGCUGGGAUGUUGGCAUUUUCCUGCGGUAAACUCAGAUGAAGAGAGAUAUAGAUAUAACUCACGGCGCAGGAGCAGCUGAUCUCUAUGUUUUUAUGUUGGUCAGAGAUCAGUGAUAACAGAUCAUAACAUGUAUGAUUUGUUGCAGUGGUGGAGCGUAAGUAGCGCCAUUUUUUAUUUUAUUUUAAGCUUUUAAACAUUAGCAGGUCUGAUUGAAGAUUGACCGUCCUUUCAGAUCUGUCGCUACAGAAAGAGCAGAUGAAAAAUUUAAAUCUGUAAGCGUAAUAAAAAAGAAAAAAAAAUCUCCUACUGGGAAAAACUCCAUUGAUUAUGUAUAAAAAAAGAUUUUUCUGAACCUUUUCUGCAAGUACAUUAUUUUUAUCCAGCAUUUUUCACCAGAAAAUGUAUCUAAAAAUCUUACAAACUAUUUUCCUUGAUCUAGGGGAAAAUAACUUUUUACUUUACUUUCAUUUAUAAGAAUAAUAUUUGGCUCACUCUUUCAUGAUUAUUUAGACAAGUACUUAGUAUGCCUUACCUUUACUAUUUUAAACGGGCAGUAUUGUGUAUUUUCCAUGCAUAGAGGGCCAUUUCUAGCACAAUCAUUGUUACCGUCAGUUUUUAAAAUGCUGUAUACAUCAAACAUGACAUAAAAGAAAUGCAACAUCGCAA